AGCCGCACUAAAUUUGUAUCUGGAAGGUAGAAGCCUCUUGCGAUGACCCGUUGUUUUUGACUCCAUAGUCACAAUGAAUUGUUGAGAAACUGACAUAUUUUAAUAUUUGAGAUUCGGGCCCAAAAUGACCAAAACUAAGGACUCGUUUACUGUGAAUUCUGGCGCUGAUGAAGAUACAAUUGAUCCAAAAGAAGUACCAUGGUGGACGUCAAGUCGCCUUGGCCUAGCUGUCCUGGGUUUCUUCGGAUUUGUUAAUCUGUAUGCCCUUAGAUUCAAUCUCAGUGUAGCCAUAGUAUGCAUGGUCAAUGGAACAGCUAUACGUCUAAAAUCAAAAGAAGAGGCAAAUCAGUUCAACAAAACUAAUUCUGCCCCAUCGAAUCAGUACUUUGAAAGCAGCUGUGGAUUAAUAUCUGCAGACAGGAAUUCAACUGUGAUACCGGAAUUUGAGGAUGGUGACAUAGUGUGGGAGAAAACAACCCAGGGCCUAAUACUGGGUGCCUUUUUCUGGGGUUACCUAGCUACACAAAUUCCAGGAGGAUGGCUGGCUGUCAAGUUUGGAGGGAAGAGAGUCAUAGGUCUUAGUAUGGCUUUAUGCUCGCUCUGCACCUUCUUGACGCCCAUUGCAGCCCAGACUGGAUAUGUCUUCUUAAUGAUAAUCAGAAUUAUCCUGGGUAUUGCUUCUGGUACAGUUUUCCCAGCCAUGCACACGGUUUGGGGUAAAUGGGCUCCCCCUCUAGAACGAAGCAAACUGACUGCAUUUACUUAUGCAGGAGGCCAAGCAGCAAUAGUAAUAACUUUCCCAAUCGCAUCUUUGUUGUGCAAAUAUGGUUUUGCUGGUGGAUGGCCUUCCAUUUUCUACAUAUUGGGCAUUGUAAACACAAUAUGGGUUGUUCUGUGGAUGCUCCUAACUAGUGAUUCACCAGAGGGACACAAAAGGAUUUCCCAUAUAGAGAAGCUGUAUAUUAGACAGUCACUGAAAAAUACAGCACACAAAGAGGAAGGCAAAGAUCUCAAGGUCCCAUGGAAGAAUAUAAUGACAUCCUUACCAGUGUAUGCCAUCGUUAUUUCUAACGUUGCUUGUGACUGGGGAGGUUACACCCUUUUGACUAAUAUCCCCACAUAUAUGAAGGAAGUUCUCAAAUUAGACAUUACCUCUAAUGGAUUUUACUCUGCUCUCCCCUACAUUGGUUUCUGGGGUGUGAUCAACAUUGCUGGUAUUUCAGCAGACUUCACACAAAAACAUUUGUCAACCACUGCCACCCGUAAACUUUUUGAUAUCUCAGGUAAGGUGAUACCAGCAUUACUACUAAUAGGCCUUGGGUACUUAGACUGUACAAUGAAGGGUUUGGCCAUUGCUUUAUUGACCCUGGGGGUCAGUUUAUCUGGCCUUCAGUAUAGUGGAUUCCUCAUCAAUCACAUGGACAUUGCUCCAGCAUUUGCAGGGAUCUUGUUUGGAAUCACUAAUGCUGCAGGAGCCAUCACAGGUUUUAUAUCUCCAGCUGUUGUUGGACUUAUCACAGAGGAGAACCAGAGUCAAUCGGAGUGGCAGGUAGUCUUUUACAUAGCAGCUGCCAUCUACCUUGGUAGUGCUUUAUUCUAUCUUAUCUUUGGCUCAGGACAACUGCAAAAAUGGGCCAUGGAGGAAAAGACGAUAGAAGUAGAGGAACUGAACAAAUUGGAAGAUAAAACAGGAAACUUUAAGAACAAGGAUAUGGAGAAUGCGUGAAAUUUUGAAAUAUAAAAUUAAUAUAUUAUGAUACAUGUAGUAAUGGAAGAAAUGAUCAAAUUAGAAAAAACACAUCUGCUAUAGGGCAUCUUGGGCAUUUUAGAUGAUGGGUGUACAUUCAAUGUGGGAAGAUUAGUGGUUCAAUAAUACUUCCAUAAUGCAACUUAGUGAAACCAUAAAGGCGUUCUGCUGUCUCAUUAUAUGGAUUGUUUUUUCCUGUCAUGAAGAUACAUAUAUUUAUAACAUCUUAUUUUAGAAAGUUAUUUCUCUACUGCCAUAUGUUAUUUCUCAUUACUGCCAUAUGUUUCAUCACUCCUGUGCAGUGAUUCUUUUUUGGGGGUGAUCUCUAACAUUUAGAGAACACCCAUUAUGACAUCACAUUGUGCUAGGUAAUAUUUGUGUUAGCAGCAAUAAUAUUUUUUAAUGUUCAGAUAGUUUUGAAGAAUUUUAUUGAAGGGAGAAAAAGAAAGGAUAGGGUAAACAACUGCAAGAGAGUGCUACACACUAAAACAGUCAUGAACAAAAAGCUUACAUUCUCAUUAUGCUGUAUUCUACAAUUAAUAUAUUAUUUUUAUAUACCUCAUUUGUCUCACUACAACCAUAAUGACAGCUUUGUGAUAUUAUGAUUGCAUUUAUUAAAUCUUUUAGAAUUUGUUUUUGAUCUCACUUUGUUGGAUAUACAAAAGUCAGUUCAAAUCCAACUGCUCAUUCCCAUGUUUUUUUUUAAAUUUUUAGUGUAAAUGUAAUUUUUGACAUAAUAUUGGGAAAUUUCAAUUUGUUGUAUUAGAAAUAAAUGUUAUACAGUUAUUACAUGUUACUGUUGAAAGUGUCACCUUACGAAAAACUUAGGUCAUGGAGAGAUAAUGGUUUUUUAUCUUUUAUUCUCAUAUACAUGUUGUUCAUUAAUAUGUUGCUUUUAUUUUGAUGUCAGUAUAUUCUUAUAUUUCAUGCUGCAUGACGUUAUGAUUAUUUAAUAAUAAUAAAAAACAAUGCUACAUUAAAUGAUUUUGCUUAUGUAGAGGAUUGUAUGGUAAUGUGACUUAUGUCACUGGGAAAAUUAGAUUUUUUUUACAAUAGAUAUAUUUAUAGAUACAUGUACGUUUUAUAGAUCUGUUAACCUUAAUUUUUACAUCAUCUUGUAUUGAUGAAGAUGUAGUUUUCUUGUGGAUGUCACAUC